AUGCCCUCAUACUCUACUAUUGCUGAGUACCUCUUGGUCGCAUUAAUAGCUCAAUACGUUGUCCGCUGGAUAUUAUUCAUCAUAUUUGGAGUAUGGAUAGGUUAUUUCAAUCCAUUCAAUCUAUCACUAACCGGAUGUCUCCUAAAAACCGACGAUACAAAUGUUCAAAUUCGUAAGAUAAAGCUCAGGCUAUCUCCAUUUUCUCGUUAUAGAAAGUUCGUCACUCUAAAAUUGGGUGAGAUCAUCAUUGAAAGGAGCAUUGUAUUGCAGAAGGACCAAAACAAGCAGGAAAAGUCAGCAGAUGAGUCGGUAGAUAAGCUAGUAGACAAGUUGACAGAUAAGUUUGUUGAUAACAACUCAUCAUCGUCUUUCAAGUCACGUGAAUUUCCAGCACGUGACACUCUUUACAACUUGUUUGAUCCUUCGAUGCCUGUGAAGAUCUAUACGGACAAUAACAAGUUUAGAAGAUUGAUGAGACUUCUGUUAACCUCAUUUCCCAACUGUUCUGUUUUAAUCGAUGAUAUAAGACUAAUAUUACCCGAUGACAUAGGCUUCAGGGUGCACAAUCUACGAGUUAUCACAAACAUAGAUUCGAAAAACUCAAAGAAUGGCUGGAAAAUGUCACUUCCGUUCCAUUCAAUUGAAAAGAAGAGUUCAUGGAUGUGUGAGCUGAAAUUAGAGGAGUUGGUUAUGUACGACGUGAAAAGCAGUGAGAUAAUCUCACAAUUCAUGGCUGAAGGAAGGAUCACAGCAAACUUCUUCAUUGAUUUGAAGAAAGGCUUGGUUUCCGGCUCUCAGUUUAACAUUAGUACAGCAUUAACCAAAAUUUCAGUGCUUCAAUUGAUGAGUGCUUCAAGGAGAUUGGCCACAGUUGAGGAUAUAGGCUCUACCAAAGCUUCCAAUUCUUCCACAAAUGGAACUAGAAAGACCAAUCUAAACGAAAGCCCUUUUCCUUCAGAUGUUGACGAUAUUCCAAUUUCUACACGGCGUAGGCUCUUCAGGUAUGGUCUUAUUCUUCGUAUCCUUAGUAAUGCUGACAUCUCUACAGACCAAUUGCAGAUAUUUGACAUUCCUCUUGGCUCCAAGACGGCUAUUGACAACAUCUUGGAUAACCCUAACAAUCAUCCCAAAGCAGACGGAGUAGUGAUGGCACAGUUUAAUAUGCGUGCAAUGAACUUUAAUGCAUCCAAAUUGCUGCCUAACCAAGUUGGAUACGACUUACGAUUCUCUGCCAACGAUCUGCCUAUCCAAUUACUUUUCUCUGUACUCAGCAUGAACAUAUCUAUGGAUUUCUCACGCUUUCCUGGAUAUUCCGGACAGAAAAAGAUAGUUGAAGUCCUCUCCUUGUCCAAUCUAACCAUUUCCGCACACACCACGGCUCCCACAAAUGUUCUCAAACUUCUUCUCAAUAGAACUAAAGGGAAGCAAGGAGAGACUGUGAUUUCAUUUAAGUGUACCAUCAUUGGACUCACCCUCGAUCUUACGACGGAGCAAAUGGACAUCUUGAUUUCCAAGCGUGAAAAUUCCAACAAUAGAAUGAUUGUAGAGAAGCAAAAGAAGAAAUACGAGGCCACAACUGCCACUUCCGACGAGACCUCUCGUUUUGCAAGAUUUCUUAGGGUCUACGUGCAUUACGUUCUGAAGUCCUGCCCGUGGAUAGCUUUCAAAGUACUCAUUGAAAAACCCGUUUUUAUUCUAAAAGUAGCCGACGAGAACGACAAAGGCGAUGGGUCGAGAUUCUCAGAUAUGCUCAUCAUCACUCCUUCAGUUUGUGGAUUUGAGCUGCAGAUUGACAAGAAUAAGAACCAGACAGAGUUUGAGGCUCGUUUAGAUACACCGAAUGUUCAUGUUGAUUAUAGAAGACGCAGGGGAAAGUACACGGAACGUGUUGCUACUUUGAAAGAUGCUCAGUUGAAGAGUUCUGCUACUAUUAGAGCCACUUCCAAACUUCAAGUAUCAGUCUUUGGCAAUUUCAGCUUUGCUAACUUGAACUUGACUGAUGUCAGAUGUCUCAAUGGACUUCGUUCCAUCGUAAAUUCUGUCACAGACAACCUAUCAAUUAAUGCCGAGCUAUCCGCUAUAGCUGAUGAUAUACGACUAAUGAACAAGAAACCUUUUAAUCCUGCCAAGUUAUUUCAAAAACUUCCCGGUUGGUUUCGAACUGCCAAUGUCAGUAUAGACGAUGUCACUGUACAACUAGGAGCUCGAUCUAUAUUCAUGCCUCGUGAUGUUCUUGUUUCCGAGCAACUACCCGAGGAAUUAAAACAUCAUUUUGAUUCGGACUCGAAUUACCUUUUAUAUCACUUGACUAGACUGAAUAUUGGUCUAAACAACAAUGACGGAGCAUUGGCUAAGGUCUCUUCUGAUGACGAUUCAUCUUCCAGAGUAGAUAAUGACGUGCUACAACCUGAAGAUUACUACUGGGCUGUCACAUCCACUUUUGACUUCAUAAAGAUUCGUGCACUGUAUACAAAAUUGUCGUACGAUGAUAAGAGGGGCAAGGUGAAGAUCAUAACGGUUCCACAGACCACGCUGGGAGUUUAUGCUGUAAAGAAGCCACAAAAAUUUCUAGUUUAUGGAAACUGCGAUAGGGCUUACUUAAACUACACUUUAGCUGCGCAUUUCCUGGUAGUGUCAUCAAUUUAUCUUUUCAAUAAUACAUUAGGGGAUGUUGAGGUGUCUAAAAAGAAAAAGAAGAAGACGAAGACGAACAAGAAGCCAUUGAAGAAGGUCAAAAUUUCAGACUUAGUGGACGUUCAUAUCAGGAUCAAGGAGAUUCAGGUGAAGGUCAUUUUGGCUACGGAAUUUCAGAUAAGACUGGAUUUAUACAGAACAGAUAUCUCCUUGGAGGCGAAUCCAUUAAUUGUUGGAAUGAAGCUUGUGAGAUUUUGCGUGAUGACCGAAGAUACUUUGUGGUACAGAUCGGUUGGAUUGAAGGAUUUGGUAGUCAAAUACAAUUUAAAAGCAGAGAAAGACGAAAAGGUUAUUGAUGCUUCUACUGAUAGGAUCAUCGUCAAUAUACCGUUUAAUUUCAUCGUUCAUCGUCUUUUUGAUAGUAUUUCAUCAACAGUGAAACUCACUAAGCAGAUGCACACUAUUCUAAAGAGUAACGAGGUGAAGACUAAGCUUCGGCCUAAGGAGAUCUCCAAACCUACCAUCUUCAAACAUACAGAAAUUAAGUCCCAACUACUAUCAAUUUUGUUUGACGACGAUACCUUUGAAUGCGAAUUGGCGAUGACUUAUCAGCUUGGCCUUCUUGAGCAGAGAGAUCGGUUGGCCAAGAUGAAGAAAUUUGAGAAUUAUGCGGAGGCAUUGAAAUCGAAAUCUUCAUCUGAUGACCCUGCUCGUAAGAAGAUCGAUCAACUUCUACGAGAACCUUGGCUUAUGGACUCCGAGAGACAUUUUUUUCCUGGUCUAUCGAAGAAGAUGUACAGGGUGGCAAUGAAUAUAUCUAAAUCGUGGAUUGCCACGGUCAAUGAAUACAAAGAGAAGAAGAAACUGCUAGUUGAUGAGAACAUCAGAUACCUCCAUCGAUUGGCUGUGAAUACAUCUGAAUGCUCGAAGCAAUUCAGCUCCAAUCUUAAUAAAAUCCAGUAUGAUCCUCCACUAUUUUCGAUUUUUCUGGAAGACUUAAAAUUGAUCCUCAAAGAACCUCGACUCUCGCAUGAUGAUGGCCAAGUGAUAAAUUGGGUUAAUAGGGUAGGAGCUGGUGUUCCCCUGGACACCAAAUUUUCAACACUUGUAUCGUUUCAUGCCUCAUUGCAUACCAGUAGAUUGAGGGUCCAUCUAAAGGAUUACCCUAUUCCAAUAGCAUACAUCCCUAAAGCCCAGAGAUAUAGUACUAAGAAUACAUUUGUCCUUGAGGGUAAUAUGGGUUUCUAUGAGGAUUUGGCUCUCACAGAGAAGCAACUACGGUGGGUCUACACAGCCUUUUUACCUGGAUGUCAAAAAGAUGUUAAUGAUAAGUAUCUUGCAUUGACUGUUCCAAGGUCCCUUUCGACGCUCAAAGUAUUGGGAGAGUUGAUUGGACGAAUCCGGACCGACAGACCGAGCUCUUUUACUUGGGCAGAAUCUUUGACCGCUGCCUUUAGACAGUUGACUAUUUCAUUUGAUAAGCUUAGCAAGCCAAAGACGGAUCCAAGUCCGAAAUUGGGCAUCUGGGACAAACUGAGGAAUAUGAUGCAUGGUUUCAUUCGUCUCUAUUGGGUGGAUCCAACAAGCGAACUCAGAGUUAACAUCAAGGGUUCGAUGGAUCCAUAUAAACUUUUGGGAAGUUCUGCUGGCUUUACGUUAUCGUUCAAAGAUGAUAUUUGCUGGCAAAUCAACGAUCCAAAGAGAGAAUUCGACAGAGAUUUUCUCAUGGUCUCUGCUAAAAGAGUGAUAUGGGCCAUCCCCAACUAUCUCAGCGAGCCGUUACCUUGUUGGUGUUCUCCUAAGUUGGUAUAUUUAGCUGCAGAUCCGGAGAACGUCAUUAUCCAGUCGAUGUAUGGCUACUAUUUGAACCAAUCGUGUUUGUACGAGCCGGAUAGCGAGUUUACUGGUAAAUUGGCCUUUUCCAGUCGCAAGGCAUACAUGAAGAUCAAUAUUAACUUGACUGGUACCGUUACAGUAAAGCUUUCCUUCGUAUUCGAGAGAAGACUUCCCGAUGGUACAAGAACUUCCAAGUUCAAGCCUCAUUAUAAAAAUGUUCUAUGCCAUCCAGAUUACGUUGGAAAAGAUGUAGAUCAUUAUGACUCGUAUGAAGGUUUCCGUUCAAACUAUAUCCACAUGGGAUUUACGUUAAAGACAGAGGAUUCGUCCAUGAAUUCGAUCCACUUGACACCGGAAUCACUCUCUGUGUUCAUGAAAUGGUUUAAACUAUUCAGCAACAACAUGGCUACACCAAUUAGGAACGGGAAGUUGUGGGAAAGUAGAAGCAAAUCGGUAAAAUUCAGUCGCCAUUUAUUUACCUUCAAGUUUUUGUUUAUUGUGGAGCCUCUUUAUUUAUAUCAUGGCUAUAGGAUUGAUCUUUCUGACCCCGAUUCAAAUGAGAUCAUUGGUAUGAAGGCACGGGUGUCGAAGUUUGAGUUGGAUUUACAUAUGCGAAAGGAGCCUAUGGUGGAGGAGAAUUUGCUUUUGGAAAGACAGAAGCAGAUCAUGCACAUGAAGUUCAACGUAGGUGUGUUGGUGUUUGAUCAUGUUGAUUUGAGAGCAGUGAAUGCAGAAUUCUCCAAAAAAGGAGUUGAAGAUGACGAUGAUGAUGGUAGUGAGUCGAGCAGCAGCGGAGAGAGUGUUCAGUUUUCGAUCUUCGAUAACGACGAAGAUUGGAUCGAUAUCGGCGAUUACUCGGAGGUUGGAUUACACGGACUGGAUGAUUUCAAUUUGAAGGGGAAGGUUCUACCUCUCUUAGACUCAACUUUACUUAGAUACUCGAUGCAUCGUACGACAAAGUCUGAUUUUGGUAAUGAAGAUUCUCACGAGUGCCAGGUCAGCCAUUUUCAUCUUGUCGAUACCAAUUUCAACAACGUUUUGGAAGCUCAAGAUUUGGAAUUGAAGUGGAACUGUGAAGUUAGAGAUACCGUCUUUCAGUAUUUGCGAGAGGUUGCGUAUAGAGACUCGUACCGAUUUUCAACGAACUUCAAAGCGAUGAGAUUGGUCCAACAAAGGUUGAGUGCUGCAGAUAACAGUGAAGACACUCAGAGUGCCAAAUUCGAGAAUGUGGAGAAGUAUACAGUUGAGAACUUUGAUGCAGAGCUUAGGGAGGUAGAUGAUUUUCUUCCUGAUCUAAUCCCAAUCGAUUUCUUUUUAGUUCGACUCUCGAAUCUUCAAAUCCAGAUGAUCAACAACGAUUUCUCGGACUCGAUGCUUCUUCUAUCAACAUCAAAUAUUGACCUUCAAGUGGUGAAGAUACAAGAUGCUACCCGUCUGAACAGAGUCGGUUCCACUUCACUCGAAAUGAGAAUGGGAACAAUUUUUGAGUCUGCAGAUAUAUCUGUGAUGUACAAGAAAGAUGUUCCUAAUUCUCAUGAUGGCCAUAUCUAUGGGUCAACGAGCAACUGGCCCGUGUUCAACGACUCGGACGGUACUUACAGCAAGAUUUUAGCCAGAAACAAGAUAUUGUCAAAGGUUCAGAUCAUAUUCCGUUACGAUAAGAUGUCAUCAACUAUCGAAAAUGAUUCGAAAAGAGACCAUAUUUUCUUAGACGUUCCAUCGUUUGAAACCGCAAUAGAUUCUGAUGCUUGCGUUGCAAUAUCGUCACUUGUAGUGAACUUGCUUAUCUACUCUGAGCCUGAGAUGAAGAAGAUGAACCAGAUGGUCCGAAAGAUGGUACUAGCGACUGAUUUCAGCAAUUUGCAAAGGAUUUAUGAUCGAUCUACGCAUCUCACCGACGAGUUGAUGACUUUAGGUGCUAUUCGAAGUUCUUUGGGUUCAAUGGAGAGUCUUCGAGAUGAUAUUCAGGAGCCAUAUUUGAAGCUUAGGAAGGAGAUCAGCAGAUGCAUUCUUGAAUUAUUUGUGUAUACACGAACCCUUAUUUCAGGAGGAAAAGGAAACGAGCAGAUCAGCGGAGAUUCGUGCAAAUUUGAGAUGCUAGUGACAGCCAAGCAAUUCACCGUUAAUAUGAAGAUGGAGGAUAAGGAGUUUCUCACUUUGAAGAUUGAGGACAGUAUGUUCCGUCGACUUGAGAUGACCAAUGGGUCGACUCAAAACGUUCUAAAAGUGAGGACGAUCAAUGCAUGGAAUAGAGACAGUAAUAUUAUGUUUCCCGAGUUGCUUACAAGGUACCAAGCAGGAGAAAACCAUAAAUAUGACGAUAGUAUGAUUGCAGUUCAUUGGUCGAUGGGACCUGCAGUAGGAGGAAUCCGGGUGAUUAAGAAGAUGAAGGUGUUUUCUCAACCUUUGAAACUUGAAGUUGAGGAGAAGACGGGAAGGAAGUUUCAGAAGUUCCUAUUUCAUGACGAUGGAGAAGAAGAAGAAGAGGGGGAAGAUGAAGAUGAAGAUAAAGAUGACAUCAUGUUAUCGGCAAUCACGUCUACAAAUACUACGGUAUCGUCAUCAACCAUGAAGAGUAAGAGACACAGAUAUCCCACACAUGCACUGCAUGAGAUAAUGAACCUUCACUCAGAAAAUGUUGGAGCAGACGAGAUGGUGAAAAGAGCCAAGAACUAUUUCAACAUCAACCACUUCACGUUCGACAACUUGACGAUCUGCAUUUCUAUCUACGGUAAAGGAAAACUACGGAUCUUGAAUGUGAAUCGAUUUGUUCUUCGUCUCAAUUCGUUUCGUCUCGACAACCGAAUGCUAACUUUGGCUCAACUAGUUAAUGCUAUAGAAAGUCACGUGUUGAAGAGUUUGUUGAAACAUUCGGGAAAGUUAGUUACUAACAAGUUGUUCACUAGGAGUAGGAAAAGGAUAAGCAAUCGGGCAGCGAAUUAA